UGAUCUUCAGUGGAAAUCUUAUCUGUUUGACAAACAUCUGAAGCCUGAAGAUCGUCGUCAAUGUCGUGAGCCAAGCCGUCGUCACUGCCUGUCUGGAGCACUGACAGGAAGCCCACCAAGGCUCAGUGUGACAAAUUGUUCCCCACCGGGCAGUUCAUUAACGAAAAUAUGGACCCGGAAAACAGUGGCAGAGCAGGUCUUGCUCUUCCGAGCCCACAGCGGCCCCCCAGUGGGCCUGAAAUUGAACUUUCAGAAGCUCCUCUCCAUGACCCCCCCUUACCGGAGAAGGCGGCCCCAUCCCCACCCCACCGUACAUGGCAGACACUUCUGAAGAGGGAGCUGGAAUUCCUGGGGGUAACACAGAUUCUCGUUGCUUUGCUGUGCCUUUGUUUUGGAACAAUUGUCAGCUCCAUGCUCCAUAUUUCAGAAUUUAAGGAAGACUAUUUUUCAUCAUUUAAAGCAGGCUACCCAUUCUGGGGAGCAGUUUUUUUUGUUGUUUCUGGAUUUUUGCCAAUUAUGUCUGAAAAGCAACAUACAAUGUAUCUGGUGUGGGGAAGCCUGGGAGCAAACGCUGUCAGCUGCAUAGUGGCCGGAACAGGAAUCAGCAACCUGAUCAUCAACCUAAAGAGGAGUGUGGCUUCUAUGGACAGUUGCCAGAGAGUUUAUGAAAAUGACUCCUGCUUUAUGGCUUCUUUUUCCACUGAAAUUGUGGCAAUGAUCCUGUUUCUUACCAUUCUGGGGUUUUGUAGUGCCAUUUCUCUCACUAUCUAUGGACUUGGAGAAGUAUUCAAAAGAACUAAGCGUUCAGAAGAUCGUCUUUAUGAAGAAUUAAGCGUAUAUUCGCCAAUUUACAGUGAGUUGGAAGAAAGAGCAGAGGCAUCUUCUCCCACUGAUUGAUAAGAAUCAUGUGUUCAGAACAUUCUGACAGCAAAGAGUACAGAAAGCCACAGGUGAUUGUUUAAGGGGCUGCUAGAAGAAUGUCAGUUCUCUCCAUGGUCUGCCAAUUUUGCAUUUUGGUUUUUUCUCCAGAUGGCAGUGUUCUGUUUUUGUUGUUUCUGUUCACCCAAACGUCUCCCUUGUCUCCCAUUUGUAGAUAUGAUAGUUUUGUGUUUUUCUGGUUUAAUGCUAUCUCACAGCCAUCCCUUCUGGGAAGUCAACACAUACUAAGAGUUUACUAUGUGCAGUUAGGGAAAAUAAGAGGAAGGCUGGUUGAGAGUUGAAUUAAACUUAGGCUACUUGAUAAUAUUUGGUUUUUAGCCCUUUUUAGAGGUCACAAGCAUGACAGAUGUGCAUAAUAUAUGUCCCCUUGACAGACUGUAAGCACCUUAAGGGCAAAGUUCAUCCAGCAAACAUAUGCUGGGAACAAUUAAGUGCUAAAGUUUCCCACACUUGUCUCCUUCACACUGUGUACCCACGUAUUUCAUAUGUAGUGAGUGCGCAGCGGGAAGGCACAAACCACACGUCAUAAAUUAAAAGUGCUCUAUAAGAGAAAGGGAUCAUUAUGUAAAUUAUUUAAUUCAUAUAGAUAUAUAAACAUAAAAGCAACCUCCAAAUUUUAAUAAUCUCUAAUGAUAUAAAAUUUAAGUCCAUUCUAUCCGAACUCUAAGGAAGCUCUCUGAUCCCACUCUAACUUCCUCUUAAAUAUGCUUUUAUGGUUGACAAUCUCGUAUCAGCACCCUGGCUUGGAAUGUUCUGUCUUCUCUUCUGUGCUUGCUUGAAUUUCUUCUUUUUUCAAUUCCUAUCUUAAAAUUCACCUCAUUCUUUAAAUUUUCUUUAUGAGAUUGUUCCUCUGUCUAGAAGAUGAGUUUUUCUAACCAAAUAUACCCCCCCACAUACCCACACACAAACACACAUAUAUAACUAUAUGCAAAUAUUUUAUCUCCCCUCAAGGAUAAUAUAUUUUUUCAGAGACACAAAGUUUUAUAAAAAUCUUAUAUUGCCUGAAUCACCAGCACAUUCACUGACAUGUUUUUCAAUAAUAUUUGCAUGAUGGUUAUGAGAGUACACACAUGUUAUUGGACUGUAUGCUAAGAAUUGUACAUUCUAUUGUAUGUCCCUCAAUAAAAAUAAUAAAGUUAAAAAAA